AUGGAGCCUCUCGCUGCUCAUCCGUUAAAAUGUUCUGGGCCCAAAGUGAAAAUAUUUGCAGUUUUGCUCUCUAUGGUUCUGUGCACAAUGAUGCUAUUUCUCCUACAACUAAAAUUCCUAAAACCUAGAAUCAACAGCUUUUAUGCCUUUGAAGUGAAAGAUGCAAAAGGAAGAACUGUUUCUCUGGAAAAGUUUAAAGGCAAAGUUUCACUAGUUGUAAACGUGGCUAGUGACUGCCAACUCACAGACAGAAAUUACUUAGCACUGAAGGAACUGCACAAAGAGUUUGGACCAUUCCACUUCAGCGUCCUGGCGUUUCCAUGCAAUCAGUUUGGAGAAUCGGAACCCCGUUCGAGCAAGGAAGUAGAAUCUUUUGCAAGACAAAACUACGGAAUAACAUUCCCCAUCUUCCACAAGAUUAAGAUCCUAGGAUCUGAAGCAGAACCCGCAUUUAGAUUUCUUGUUGAUUCUUCAAAGAAGGAACCACGGUGGAAUUUUUGGAAGUAUCUAGUCAACCCUGAGGGUCAAGUCGUGAAGUUCUGGAGGCCAGAGGAGCCCAUUGAAGCCAUCAGACCUGAGAUAGCAAAUCUGGUUGGAAAACUCAUCCUAAAAAAGAAAGAGGACCUAUGA